AACCGAGGAUUUGGGCGGCAGGAAGAGCCGCGGCGUAACGGCCGCCAUCUUGUUUGUUUGAGUGAAUCGGAAAGGAGGCGGCGGCCGCGGCUGCGGCGGGAGCUCCUCCGAAGCCACAGCUCACCAGGGCUCCCCCCUUUCCCCGCCCCCUCCCCCGACCCUUUUCCCCUCCCCGGGCCGCUCAGCCCGCCGGCUCCCGGCGGAGCGCCAGGUUUCCUCCUGUUUCAUAAUCAACCAGAACAAUGUUCUACGCACAUUUUGUCCUCAGUAAAAGAGGGCCCCUGGCCAAAAUUUGGCUGGCGGCCCAUUGGGAUAAGAAGCUAACCAAAGCCCAUGUGUUUGAAUGUAACUUGGAGAGCAGUGUGGAGAGUAUCAUCUCGCCAAAGGUGAAGAUGGCACUGCGAACAUCAGGACAUCUCUUACUGGGAGUAGUGCGAAUCUACCAUAGGAAAGCCAAAUACCUUCUUGCAGACUGUAAUGAAGCGUUCAUUAAAAUAAAGAUGGCCUUUCGGCCAGGUGUUGUUGACCUGCCUGAGGAAAAUCGAGAAGCCGCCUACAAUGCCAUCACAUUACCUGAAGAAUUUCAUGAUUUUGAUCAGCCGUUGCCGGACUUAGAUGACAUCGACGUAGCCCAGCAGUUCAGCCUGAACCAGAGUCGUGUGGAAGAGAUAACCAUGAGGGAAGAAGUCGGGAACAUCAGCAUCCUGCAGGAAAAUGACUUCGGUGACUUCGGGAUGGACGACCGUGAGAUCAUGCGGGAAGGCAGUGCUUUCGAGGACGACGACAUGUUGGUCAGCACCAGUGCUUCGAACCUCCUCCUGGAGCCUGAGCAGAGCACCAGCAACCUGAACGAGAAGAUCAACCACUUAGAGUACGAAGACCAGUACAAGGAUGACAACUUCGGGGAGGGGAAUGAUGGGGGAAUAUUAGAUGACAAGCUUAUUAGUCACAACGACGGGGGCAUCUUUGACGACCCCCCUGCCCUCUCCGAGGCAGGCGUGAUGCUGCCGGAGCAGCCUACACACGAUGAUAUGGAUGAGGACGAUAACGUAUCGAUGGGUGGGCCUGAUAGUCCUGAUUCAGUGGAUCCCGUUGAACCAAUGCCAACUAUGACUGACCAGACAACACUUGUUCCGAACGAGGAGGAAGCGUUUGCUUUGGAGCCCAUUGAUAUAACUGUCAAAGAGACAAAAGCCAAGAGGAAGAGGAAACUAAUUGUUGACAGUGUCAAAGAGCUGGAUAGCAAGACUAUCAGAGCCCAGCUCAGCGAUUAUUCCGAUAUUGUUACAACCCUGGAUCUGGCUCCACCCACCAAGAAGUUGAUGAUGUGGAAAGAGACGGGAGGAGUAGAAAAACUGUUCUCUCUGCCUGCUCAGCCUCUGUGGAAUAACAGACUACUGAAGCUCUUUACGCGCUGUCUUACGCCACUCGUACCAGAAGACCUUAGGAAAAGGAGGAAAGGUGGCGAGGCAGACAAUCUGGAUGAGUUCCUCAAGGAGUUUGAGAACCCAGAGGUUCCGAGAGAGGACCAGCCGCAGCAGCACCAGCAGCGUGACGUCAUCGAUGAGCCCAUUUUGGAGGAGCCGAGCCGUAUCCAGGAGUCUGUGAUGGAGACCAGCAGAUCCAACAUAGAGGAGUCGGCCAUGCCCCCGCCGCCAUCGCAGGGAGUGAAGCGCAAGGCUGGACAGAUUGAUCCGGAGCCUGUGGUCCCUCCUCAGCAGGUAGAGCAGAUGGACAUACCACCUGUAGAGCUUCCCCCAGAAGAGCCCCCCAAUAUCUGUCAGCUGAUACCAGAGUUAGAACUGCUGCCUGAGAAGGAGAAGGAGAAAGAAAAGGAGAAAGAGGAUGAUGAAGAGGAAGAGGAAGAAGAUGCUUCGGGGGGUGAUCAGGAUCAAGAAGAAAGGAGAUGGAACAAAAGGACUCAGCAGAUGCUUCAUGGGCUUCAGCGAGCUCUUGCCAAAACUGGAGCUGAGUCUAUCAGUUUGCUUGAGUUAUGUCGAAACACAAACAGAAAGCAGGCUGCGGCGAAGUUCUACAGCUUCUUGGUUCUUAAAAAGCAACAGGCUAUCGAGUUGACACAAGAAGAACCCUACAGCGACAUCAUCGCAACCCCUGGACCAAGGUUCCAUAUCAUUUGAGGAGCUGGAGGCGUCAUACCUAGUGUUCGUCACUAGUGCAUACAGAUUGCCCCCGUGUGUAGGGCACACAAAACCCCUUUGAGAAAAUUUAGAUUUUUGUCUGUACAAAAUCUCUGCCUUUUCUUUCAUUUUUUCAAGUGUUUAAUCCACGGAUUUCAUCUUUAAGGGAAAUUGCUUGUAUGGGUUGUAUUUGUGUUGGAGUGGAGAAAGCAACACCCCGAGGACCCAGAAGAUGAUUUUAACAGUUCAGAGCAGAUGUGUGCAAUAUUGGUGCAUGUGAUAAUGUUGAGUAACUGUCAAAAGUCAUGAUUUUUUAGUUCUCUGUUACUGCGUCAAGAGGAACACCGGUCUAGGAAAAAUGCCUGGCAGUUUAAUUAAGAACUAUGGUAUGUGUUUGACAGGAAAAGUGUCUUCCCAUCAGUAAAACCAGCAGUCAGGCUGACCUCUGUACGUAGGGAUGGUACCUGAAACUAGAGAAUCACCUCAAGGUGUUUUUAAAGUGUAAUCGUAACGAGCGGGAGUAUGUGAGUUUUGUAUUGUGACUGAUCCCCUUGAGCUGCAAAGCGAUAGGUCUGGCGUAGUGGAAAACAUUGUGUCUCAGAAGCAAAUCAUUCUGUCGCGUCUUUAUGGUGAACUUUGCUGUCCUGAACUCUGUCAUUUUAUUGCAGCUCCAAAGUGACCAGAAACAGACUUGUUAAAGUGGAAUAACGUAAAAACACAAUUUUGCAGGAGCUGUAAGUUAGAGUUGAGUAUUCAGAUCAUGACGAUAGAAAUUCUUCUGCCUCCUGAAAGGGCAGACUGGUGGGACAUUACACAUCAGGUGGGCUUAACCUUUAAGCAGACAGUGCUGUAAAAACUAUGGCUUCUCUGGUAUUUAUUGUAAAUGUUAGGACUGAUCUCCUUUCCCAGUGCUGCACACUCCUGUGUUUGGAACUUUAUUUUAAUAGCUUUGCAAGUGAAAUCCUUUAUCUGGUUUCCUGUAAUUUAAAUGAAGAAAAACACAUCCAGAUAAAGGCUUUAUUGUUUUAACAGACCAGAUAGCGCCAGAAAUUAUGUGACUAUUAAUGAUUAUCAUAACGUCUUAACUUUUUAGGGCAAGAUUACACUGAAGGAUCUGUCUUAAGUGUUGGCACUUUGCGGGGAAAAAAAUCACUUUUGAAACUCAGACUUCAGUGUAUACCCAGUAAUUUAAAAUUAUGUGAAACGCUUUAAAUUUGAGAACUCAUAAUCACUGUUUUAACGAUUCAGUUUUUGAGACUGGUAAUUGUAUGACAUUGCUAUUGCAGUUUUAUUUUCAAUAUUAUGUGCCUGUAAACCAUGGUCCUUCCCCCUUUGUAAAAAGACAUUGUAGAUAAUUGAAUGUUUGAUUACUGAAAGGUCAUUAGUUUCUCGUUACACAUUUUGUUAGUCUGGUUUUUGUUGCUUAUCGGGUUUAAUAUUGUUCUUGGAAAUAGUUGAUGCUAUGUUAUGUAUAACUUUUCUAAUAAAAGUUGUGUUAUAAGCUGUUAA